AUGGCCGCAGACUCGCCCAAAAGCUUUAAGCGCAAAGCCUCCGAGGAGGUAGCUACCCCAGAGUCUGGGCAGCAGGCCAGCAAGAAAGCGCGCACAGAUUCCCCAGAGAAAGUAGAAGAUGGCCCUCUUAAGAAACCACCCCUCCGCAUUGUCCCAUUCCCCGAAAAGCCCGCUGUACUCGAAGAACGCCGUGGAGAUAUCGAGUUCCGAGUUGUUAACAAUGAUGGCUCCCACGACAGCUUCAUUGUCCUCACCGGGUUGAAGUGUAUCUUCCAGAAACAACUACCGAAGAUGCCGAAGGAUUACAUUGCUCGGCUUGUAUAUGAUCGAUCACAUUUGUCCAUUGCUAUUGUCAAACAUCCUUUAGAGGUUGUUGGCGGCAUCACAUAUCGACCAUUCAACACUCGCAAGUUCGCCGAGAUUGUCUUCUGUGCUAUCUCCUCCGAUCAACAAGUCAAGGGUUAUGGUGCACACUUGAUGUCCCAUCUCAAGGACUACGUGAAAGCCACUUCUCCCAUCAUGCAUUUCCUCACUUACGCCGAUAACUACGCUAUUGGAUACUUCAAGAAGCAAGGCUUCACCAAGGAGAUUACACUCGACAGGUCAAUCUGGAUGGGAUACAUUAAGGAUUACGAGGGCGGCACGCUCAUGCAGUGCACCAUGCUUCCUAAAAUACGUUUCCUGGAGAUGGGCCGUAUGCUCACCAAGCAAAAAGAGUCCGUACAAGCUAAGAUCCGCGCCUUCAGCCGAUCACACAUUGUCCAUCCUCCGCCGAAAGAAUGGAAGAACGGCGUACACCCAAUUGAUCCCCUUAGCAUUCCGGCAAUAAAAGAGUCUGGAUGGUCUCCUGACAUGGAUGAAAUGGCUCGUCAACCCCGUCAUGGACCCAACUACAAUCAGUUGCUCCAUCUGUUGAACGACAUGCAGAAUCACAGUGCGGCUUGGCCAUUUACCCAACCUGUGAAUCGUGAUGAAGUGCCAGAUUACUAUGAAGUGAUUCUGGAACCCAUGGACCUAUCAACAAUGGAAGAAAAGCACGAGAAGGACCUGUAUCCGACUCCACAGGAUUUCAUCAAGGAUGCCAUGCUCAUCUUCGACAACUGUCGCCGUUAUAACAAUGAGACUACGCCAUAUGCCAAGAGCGCGAACAAGCUCGAGAAGUUUAUGUGGUCUCAGAUUCGGAAUAUUCCCGAGUGGUCGCAUCUUGCGGACAACCAUUGA